AUGAACCCCGAAAUUGGGGUGAGCGCCCUUAAUCCGCCACCAUCGUCAAACAAUACGGUGCGUGUGCGGAUGAUAGACACGACAUCUAUCAUGUCACUUCAUGCAUUUUCUUUUGUGAAACCUGUAAUGCCUGGGCAUGAGCGCAUGAGCGUGACAACUGUUGCUUUCCUGAUCGAGAAUGAGCGACUUGGAAAAAAGGCAAUGUUCGACCUGGGAACUCGAAAAGACUACUGGAAUUCACCGCCAUUUACCUUGACGCGAAUUGAAGCCGCAAUUCCUGGUGUCAGAGUUGAUAAGGAUGUGACUGAGAUUUUACAAGCACAAGGUUUGAAGCUGAGCGAGAUAGAUGAUAUAAUUUGGUCGCACAGUCAUUGGGACCAUAUGGGAAGCCCAUACUUGUUCCCUUCCUCUACGAACCUCUGUUAUGGAAAGGGCACCGGCCCAUUCCCUGCGUACCCUGAGAAUUCAAAUUCCAACCUCAAUGCGGCCGACUUCGAGGGGCGGAACUGUAUAGAAAUCGGGUGCACUGAUUUAUAUAUUGGGCCUUUUCCAGCAACAGACUUUUAUGGGGAUGGCUCGCUUUAUUUGUUGGACACUCCUGGACAUUGGCCGGGCCAUUUAUGCGCUCUUGCGCGCACAACCCCGGACACUUUUGUCUUCCUCGGAGGAGAUAUUUGCCAUUUUGCGGGGGAUUUUAGACCAAGUGAGGCGAUCCCAUUUCCGGAGAAAAUUCCUGGGGAAUCACUUUUGAACAGUCAAAAGUAUCCUGCGCCUUGUCCAUGCGAAUUCUUUUUGGGCCAUCACCCACAAUUACGGGAAGUUGGAAGUUCGGUUAAUACGAAAACGACCCCAUUUUACCAGCUUUCUACCCACGAACAUUCAACCUACAAAGAUCCAGCCACUGCGGUGGUGACUACAGAGGGAAUGCAGAAAUACUUUGACGCGGACCCCAAUAUCAUGGUCUGCCUUGCACAUGACACAGCAUUGCUGGAUCACCUACCAAUAUUCAAUCAUCAACCAGAAAAGGAUAUCAAUGACUGGAAAAACCAGGGACUAAAGGAGCGAUGCCACUGGGGCUGGCUCGGAGAGCUUCCGCGGUACGACAAGGACGGCAACCUCAUCGGACCAGGAAAUCGUGAUAUUCCUAUUGUGGAUGGCCUUUGGAGGGAUGGUAUUCGAGUGGAUUCGUUCAGAAAUUAG